AUGAGGACUACAAAAUAUACCGGGAGUGUGUUUGAGCAACUGCCAGAACAGGCAAGACAAAAUGCCAAACUCCUUCGCCCUGUUGACAUGCAGCAGCCCCCGCUGCACUUCAUCACUGCUACUCUACCACAAGAAAUGAACAAUACGCAUGCGCUAAGUCAGAUCAGAUCGCAUGUUUCCAAGGAAUCUCACGCUCGCCGACGGCGAGCCCUUACUGAGAAGGUGGCGCUGUAUCACGCGAGCAGUACCAGCGCCAAACAACAGUUGCACGCUCGCAUUAGCGAUGGUGGCAAAGAAGCUUGGAGUAUUUGCUUUCCGUGGUCUCUCUCUGUUAAUGAAUUAUUCCUCUUCAAUUUCUUCCUGGAAUGGGUAAUACCGAAUGGUUGGACAGAAUGUAUUACCGAAGAAUCCCAACAGUCAUUCCAAAUGGGCAUGAGAUCAGUUCUCAUCCCUGUUGCCAUGACAGACAUGAGCCUGUUUACUGCCGUCAUGUACGUUUCAGCACGAAGAUACAGUCUCAUUUCAAACAAUACCGCUGAAGCUGAGAAGUAUCACAAGCUUAUGAUACACUACCUUCUCCUAUGCUUACAGAAAAUUAAAGUCAUCAUCAAUAUGGAAAGCUACCCAACAGAUGCCUCUAUGGCUCUGGUCCUUUGUAUGGCCACGGAAGCAUACUGGGAGGGGCAAGUGGAAGCAUUUCACAUUCAUGGAAUGGCCUUCACCAAGAUGGCUGAGAUUCGUAGAGCAUUUCCAGAGAGAGAGAAAGUUUCUCCUUUUUUGUUAGAAAUGGCUGCGAAGUCAAUAUAUGACCCAAGAUAUAAUAUUGUUAUGGGGCCUUACCAUACAAAUUAGCUGGGCAGUAGGCAUCAAGGAUCGCGAUUUUCUAGAUGUCAGAACCAAGACGCACGGGUAUUAUGUGAACUUGAGCAACGCCCAUUCUUGAAAAACCAGGUCGAGGAAGAUUAAUGCAUAACUUUUUGUGAGAUAAUAACUGCAGUGCACACAUUUAUACUUACUAGUUCUCACAU